AUGGCUACAAGAGAUAUUCCUAAAAGUUUUAAAGCUCUUACUACUGGGUGGAUUGAUAAUUUAGAACAUGAAGUAACUUUCAAUAGAAAGACCCCAGACCAAAUUGCCGAAGAACAAAAUGAAGAAGCCGUAACUAAAGUUCAGGGUAAAAAUUUAUGGCCAGUAUUUGCAUCUGGUGCUGGAUUAUUCAGUGAUGGUUAUGUCAAUAAUUCUAUUGGUACUGUGUCAACUUGUUUAUCCCUUAUCUAUGGUAAAGAAUAUAGUGAAUCCUCCGCUAUUUCUAAUGUUUCCGCAAUUGCUUUCGUUGGUACUGUUGUUGGACAAUUAUUAUUCGGUUACAUUUCAGAUCAUAUUGCCAGAAAAGGUGGUAUGAUGAUUGCUACUGGAAUGUUAAUUGUUUUACCAGCUUUAACUGCUGCUGGUGCUUGGGGUGCUAAUGGUUCAGCUCAAGGUUUAUUCGCAGCUAUCACUACCUUCAGAUUCUUUUUAGGGGUUGGUAUUGGUGCUGAAUACCCAACUGCUUCAGUUAUUUCAUCUGAAGCUGCCCAACAAUUACCUUCAGGUCACAGAAAUAGAUAUUUCGCUUGGUUUACCAAUUUCAUGAUUGAUUUAGGUUUCGUUAUCUCCGCUUUUGCUGCUAUGGUUUGUUUAUGGAUUUAUGGUGAACGUCAUUUAAAUGCUAUUUGGAGAACUGUUGUUGGUAUUGGUUCUGUUCCUCCAUUAAUCUUAUUAUUCUUAAGAUUGAAAAUGUCUGACUCUCCAUCUUUCAAAAAAAUGAAUAUUAAACAUGCUAAAAAAGUUCCUUAUGGUGCUAUCAUCAAAUUUUAUUGGUUCAGAUUAACUAUUGUUUCAUUAAUUUGGUGGAUUUACGAUUUUUCCGCUUAUUCAUUCGGUACCUACUCAUCUUAUAUCUUAACUAAUUUAGUUACUGAUUCCGAUGGUAAUACUGAUUUAUAUAAAUCAUUCGGUUGGAAUGUUGUUUUCAAUUUAUUCUAUAUCCCAGGUGCUUUCUUAGGUGCUUUAUCAGCUGAUUAUUUUGGUCCAAGAUUAACUUGUGGUGUUGGAUUAAUUGUUCAAGCCAUUGUUGGUUUUAUUAUGGCUGCUUGUUAUGAUUCAUUAGCCGGACAAAUUGGUGCUUUCACUGUCGUUUUCGGUAUUUUCUCUACUUUAGGAGAAUUCUCAGCUGGUGAUAAUGUUGGUUUAUUAGCUUCCAAAACUUCUGCUUCAACUAUUAGAGGUGAAUAUUAUGGUAUUGCUGCUGCUAUUGGUAAAAUUGGUGCAUUCUGUGGUUCUUAUGCUUUCCCAUAUAUUAUUAGACAUUCUGAUGGUAUUAGAACUCCAGUUUAUAUUUCUGCAGCUUUAAAUGUUGUUUCUGCUAUUUUAUGUAUUUUCUUCUUACCAAGAGUUGGUCAAGAUGCUGUCGCUUAUGAAGAUGCUGCUUUCUUAGAAUAUUUAACUUCAACUGGUUAUGACAUUAACCAAUUAGGUGAUGUUCGUGUUGAUGAAGAAAGUGAACCAUCUAUCGAACAAAAGAAAGAAGAAGUCAAUGUUGAUGUUGCUUCUAAAUCUUCUAAAUAA